AUGGUGAUAACCCAGGGGAUGCAGCAGAGUGCAAGCCUGCAGCCUGGCACUCAUUGCCUGUCACAGCACUGCUCACCACAGAGGGAGCACACCCUCCUCCUUCUCCUCCUCUUCCUCUGCCUGCUCCCACCACCAGGUGCCCUGGGCCUGCUGCCACCUCCAGAGGAACCUCAGCAGCCAAUGCCACCACCAUCCGGCACUGCUGACCCCACUGCCCACCUGCUGCAUGGCCGUCCCUCAGCCCUGGUACAGCCCUACAGCUUCUCGCUCUCCCCUGAGGACUACUCCCCCAAGCCCUGGCAACUGCAGCCCAGGUGGCUGCACUGGCUUCUGGGCUCAGGCUCUGACCCCUUCUAGAUGAUGACCAAGGAGCCCCAGGUCCACAAUGGCAGUGUCCUCGAGGAGAACCUGGAGUCCCUGAGCCAGGACCUGGCAGAGGGCACCAGGUGCUACUGCUGCAAGCUGUGGUGGGAGGCAAAGGGGCUGGAGCUACCCAACCUACUGCCCCCGCUGGAGCUGCCCCCUGAGCUGCUGGGGGACCUGGCCCUUCACCUGUGGUGGUGGCUGGUGGAGUGGGCCACCUGCUGCCUCACCUGGAUGGACCUGGGACCCAUCUUCUGGCCCCACACUGCCUGCGAGACCAGCCUCCCCAGCUGCUCCUGGCCUCCUGGCAUGGCCUGCUGCCCCGCACAGAUCACCCAGAUCAAGCUGCUGGCCUGGCACUGCUGGGCCUCCGGCUCCCCACACUGCACCUGACAACAGAUCCCUUACCCCAUCGUGGCUGCCUGCAAGUGCUUCUGA